AGCGUGACGGGCGGCGACGCGCCGGCCGCCGUCAGCUCGUUCGAAGAGCUCGAGUUUCCGGCGGCGGUGCAGUCGAACAUGCAGCGCGCCGGCUACACGAAGCCGACCGCGCUGCAGCAGUACGUCCUCCCGGCGGCGCUGCUCGGGAAAAACGUGAUGGUGACGGGCGCCAUCACCGGCCGGUGCGGCCGUGCGGCGUCCUACCUGCUGCCGACGGUGGCGCGGCUGCUCUCCUCGGAGCUGCCGCCGCGCGACCGGCGGCAGGUAGCGCCGUCGGCGAUCGUCCUCUCCCCGACGCGAGAGCUAGCGCAGCAGGUCUUCGCCGAGGCGCGCAAGGCGUGCUACGGCGCGGGAGUGCGGCCGGUGGCCUGCUUCGGGGGCGCGCCGCUCGUCGACCAGCUGCGCGAGCUCGAGCGCGGCUGCGAGCUGCUCGUCGCGACGCCGGGCAGGCUGGGCGACCUGAUGGAGAGAUCGCCGAACGAACCUGUUGACCUCUCCAUCCAUGAACAGGCGGACCGGAUGCUCGACAUGGGCUUCGAGCCGCAGAUCCGCAAGAUCGUGCUGCAGUCGGAGAUGCCGCCGGCCGAGGAGAGGCAGACGCUCGUCUUCUCCGCCACGCACCCGCCCGAGAUGAAGGCGCUCGCGCUCGACUGCGGCCGCGACUAUGUCUCGCUCACCGCCGGGCCAGGCGCCGUGGCGGGAGAGCACGUCGCGCAGCGGAUGGAGCGAGUGGCCGAGCGCGACAAGGCGAGC